AUGGAAAAGAUCCAGAAGCUCGAGGUCGAGUCCAAAGCAACAUUGGAAAUGCUUCAGGCCGAAUCCCAAGCAUCCUUGGAGAAGCUAUCUAAGGAACUUGAAUCUGUCAAGAGCAGCAAAAAGAAAAGGGUAAGGAUCAGUGACAUACCCCAGUUCACCUUGGUCUCCUCUGACGAAUCAGAAGGAGAAGACGAAAGAGAAGAGCCUCGAGAUAAAAAGGAUCAAUCUGGUGAAAAUCUUACCCCCAUGGCCAAGGAAGUCGUCGUUUUUAAGGCCCAGAACUGGAAAAUGAUGAAGCUCUUGACCCGGCUACCAGGUGCUCCUAGACCUGUAGCAUAUGAAUCUCACGAUGGAUUUGCUGAAUCCCCUUUUGUGGAGGAAAUUGCUAGAGUGCGUAUUCCCACAAAGUUGAGUAUCCCCUCUUUCCCAAAGCUGUACGAUGGAACCACCGACCCUCAAGAUCACGGGGCCCAGUACAAGCAGAAAAUGUGGCAAUUAUCGAUCCCGUGGGAACUUAUUGAGCCCACUAUGUGCAAGUCCUUUGGCGCUACUCUCUCAGGACCUGCACUCCAGUGGCUUAUCAAACUGAAGCCGGGAACCAUCGCCAGCUUCUCAAGUUUGGUGAAUAAAUUUUACCAGCAGUUUGCUACCAGCAGAGAGUUGGAAAAGCAAAGCAGUGACCUGCACCGGAUAGCCCAAAAGCAGAACGAAAUAACUCGGCAAUAUAUGGACAGGUUUAAUCGGGAAAUGGUCAGCAUUAAGAAUUGUGAUCAUUCAACUGCUAUUGUAGCCUUCCGCAAGGGAAAUCAAUCCUUCGGAAAUCAAACCUUCGGACCCUGGCAAAAUAGCUGGCAGCCAAGGCGCAGCAAUGUGCACAGCAUAUUUGAUCCGGCAGCAGGUGAAGGCUCCAGCAGCCCAGCAAUAGAGUACCACCCAGAUAUCAGCUCAUAUGGUUUUGAUACAGACAUAGUGGGAGUUGUGAACGCUCUAAAGGAUAUUGGGCAGCCCGUAAGUUGGCCUAGGAAGAGCGAUAAACUUGAGCACCAGAAAGACAAGUCCAGGUGGUGCGAGUAUCAUGGAGAUCAUGGGCAUAGGACUGACGAGUGCAACAAUCUUAAGAGAGAGGUGGCUUGGUUACUAAAGAGGGGUUACCUGAAAGAUUUCCUGGGAAAAAAGGGAAAAGGACCUGAGGUCAAGCGGGAAGCCCUGCCAGGUCCACCAGCUUCACCUACUCCAGGUGUCGUGAUUAGUGCAAUAUCAGGAGGAUCUAGCAUCAGCGGUCUGACGUAUUCCAAUGCAAAAAGGAUAGCAAGAGUCGGCACCUCAACCUCCAGCAUCUCCCAAACCUAUCCUACCAGAGAAGAAAAAAUGCUAGAUGAAAUGAAGGUCAUAUUUGAUGAAAGCAGGUUCAAUGAACCCGAGCACCAUAAUUGCUUGGUUAUUUCCCUCCAUGUUGGUCACUGCAAAAUGAAGAGUGUACUGGUGGAUAACGGAAGCUCAACUAACAUAAUUUUCAAAGACGCGUUAGAUCAAGUCGGCUUCAAAGAGUCGGAUAUCAUCAAGAGGUCCACAUUUCUUGUCGGGUUCAAUGGUGAACCUAUGAAUUCUCUAUGA